AUGCGCAAUUUUCUGCAAUUUUUGGUCGUUUUCGCUGUUCUCGCUGCCAUUCAGGUUCACGGGUGAGUUAUGAUGGCUUUUGGGGUUACUGUAGGCUACCGUACCUCUUGGGAAGACUACGGUACCAGACGAGCUCGUAGAGGUACCGUAACCGCCCUCUUCCAGAUUCCUAUUCCCCUCGUUCACUUCCGGCUACAACUACGAUUGUGGAUACGGCUACGGUGGCUCUAAUUAUGGAGGAUACUACGGUAGUGGAUACGGUGGAUAUUACCCCGGUGGAUACGGUGGAUACGGAUACGGAAAGUGA